AUGGAUAUGCUUACGUUUAACGCCGACAACGGCUACCUCGAGGCUGUCGUGAGAGGACUCAAGGCUUCAUUACUCCGUCGCCAAGACUACACGAAUUUGGCUCAGUGCGAGUCUCCAGAAGAUAUGCGCACGAUUCUGAACAGUUCGGAUUACGGUUUAUGGCUGCAGAAUGAACCAGCCCCCCUGCAGACCCAGGCCCUGUACGACUGCCUCAUGAACCGCCUCGUUUACGACUUUCGGAGCAUUCGCGGGCAAUCCUACGCACCGCUCUCCACCUUUCUGGACUAUGUGACGUAUCCGUACAUGAUCGACAAUUUAGUUCUGCUGCUCAUGGGUGUGCUCCGGAAUCGCGACCUCAGCGAGCUGCUGGACAAGUGUCACCCACUGGGCCUAUUCGAGGGUAUUGCAACGUUAACAGCAAUCCACUCGCCAGAGGAACUCUAUAGAGAGAUUCUGGUCGAUACGCCGUUGGCGCCCUAUUUUGCGGAAUGCGUCAAUGUCCAUGACCUGACGGAGAUGAAUGUGGAAAUCAUCCGCAACCUACUGUACAAGGCUUACCUUACUGAUUUCUAUCAGCUCUGUGUGGAGCGAAUCGGUGGCAUGACGGGGUCAAUCAUGGCAACGCUCAUCGCUUUCGAGGCUGAUCGUCGAGUCAUCAACAUCACUUUGAAUUCACUGGAAACAUCAUUACGGAAGGAUGAACGAAUGAUGCUCUUUCCGCGGGUGCCCGGUGGACUCGACGACGAGAUCAUCCAACGACUAGGGAGGGCGGACGACUUGCAAGCGGUUGCCAUGGCUCUGGACCUCAGCAGUACAUACCGAGCGCUCUUCCAGCGAGCGGCUGAACGGGGAGAAUAUAGCUUGGAGGAUCAGUUUUUAGAAUUCGAGAUGAAGCUUCUGCGCGAGUCUUUCGAUGCCCAGUUCCACUACGGGGUCUUCUAUGCUUACUUCCGGAUGCUGGAACAGGAAAUCCGGAACCUUACCUGGAUCGCUGAAUGCAUUACGCAGAAGCAAUUUGCACAUGCCAGUCGCGUGGUCCCGAUUCUCUGA